AUGAAGUUUUCCCUCAUCACCGUCCUUGCCGCUGGCGUCGCCGUCGCCGCACCCACUGGCACUGUGGAGGACUAUGCCAUCGGAGUUGAUGCCAUUGAGGAUUACGCUAUCGGCGUCGAUGCCAAGCGUGCUACAGUUGAAGACUAUGCCAUCGGUGUUGAUAACAAGAGACGUGCUACGGUUGAAGACUAUGCCAUCGGCGUUGAUAAUAAGCGACGUGGCACUGUCGAAGACUACGCGAUCGGUGUCGACAAGAAGCGUGCGACGGUUGAGGACUACGCCAUUGGAGUCGACAAACGGGGUGGUGCGGUUGAAGACUAUGCCAUCGGAGUCGACACUGUUGAGGAUUAUGCCAUCGGAGUCGACAACAAGCGUUCUACUGUUGAAGACUACGCUAUCGCAGUUGAUACCGUCGAGGACUAUGCCAUUGGCGUCGACAACAAGCGUUCUACUGUUGAAGACUACGCAAUCGCGGUUGACACGGUUGAAGACUAUGCAAUUGGAGUCGACAACAAGCGACGUGCCACGGUUGAAGACUAUGCUAUUGCUGUCGACACUGUCGAGGACUAUGCUAUCGGCGUUGAUAAUAAGCGACGCAGCACUGUCGAGGACUAUGCCAUCGGCGUCGACAACUAA